GUAUCGCAAUCUCGUAAGUGUCUGCCUUGACCGCACGGACGUACUCUACUGACAAUCUCUUAGGCAAGGCAAGAUACCAAUGCUCGCACAUGAAAAAAAGCAUCUGUCUUUACUAUAUAUUUCACCACUUACCAUGCGGCUUGUUCGCCGCGACAUGACUAAUGUGCGUUGCAGUGUGGUGUAUGGCACACGCCAUCCCGGUCCUACUUUUUGCGAACCCUGAAGCUCGAGAGUGGUGUCACAACAUGAUUUCGAAACUGAGUUGGGUGGGAAAUUACAUGGAUAUCAGCUAUCAGACAUUAAAAUACAAGAACCGGAGAAGCAAAUCUAUACUCCACCCAGCUCCUUGUCGCUCACAUGCAGAGUCUCAACCCUAGUCUAAGAAGGAGAUCUACUAUCUGACAGAUACCUGAUCGA